CGCUCAGUGUCGUCUUGUUGGUUGUCGCGUUCGUGUGCGCGCACUGAGAAAAACGGAACGCCACAGUUGCACUUUCAGUUGCAAUUCCUCUAUAUAUUCCUCGAGUCCCCCGAUUUCUGAGUUGUUCCCCCGCCGCCGCCCGUCAAGUGCGUGCGUUUCAGCCAAACCACAACCAAAACCAAAACAAAACAACUACCGAAUCGCGUUCAAGAUACAACCUACAACCAAUUUUAAGAGGCAUAUAUAGAAUAGUUUGAGGCGAGGAGGAAAAAAGAACCCUGCUGUGUAGGGCAUUUGCAUUUUGUUUACCUCGAUGGCUGUGUGGAGUGCAAUUUGACGAUUAUAUAAUAUAACAAAAUACAAAAUAAAGGAAAACAAAUAAAUGUGCGCGGCAUUCGAUUUUAAUUGCGAACAACUACAAUAACCGCUGAAGAAGAAGAAGAAAAAGAACAGAUCUUUUGCAGUAAUAUGUUGCCUUUAAACCAACAACCAAAGUUAACGCAACGUUUCUAAAACUUUAAGUCUAAAUACCAAAUAAUAAAUUCAAAGUACACAAAAUUAAAUUAAAACCAAACCAAAAGUGGCCUGCAAAACGAAGCAACUAAAACAACAACCAAGAAAUGUGAUUCAAAGUGUGCAAUGUAACCAAAUUAUUAGUAAAAAGCUAAAACAACAAACCAAAUCGAAGGGAAGGGAAAAGCCGUGGAAAAUCAGCGGGAAAACCAAAGCCAGGCCAAAUGGAAAUCAAGGAAUCUGGGAGCGAAUCGAAUAGCCAACUAGCAGCCAACUUGGCCAAUGAUUAAGGGAACACUUUGUUAGCCAACUCGUAGUAGCAGCAUCCCCGUCCACACAUCACAACACCCGGAACACAGCCACUCAGCCAAAAAACACAGAACCGAUUGACCUCCCCUCGCAGCCCUCGAUGCCCGGAAAGAAGGCGUUGGAGCAACAAUUGUAGAAUAGACAGCCAGACAACCACAUCAGCGCAGCUCAGCUCCCAACCCCGGAACACCAAACUCCGAACUCCAGACCCCAAAUUCCAAACUCAACUCCAACUCAAUCUCAAUCACGAGCCAAAACCCCCAACAUGGACAUCAAGAUUGAGCAGCAGCAGCAACAGCAGCAAGUGGAGCUGGGACCCUGUUCCCCCUCGGAGGUGCCCAAUGACCCCGGAAAAAUGUUCAUUGGCGGCCUCAGUUGGCAGACAAGUCCAGAGAGCUUACGCGAUUACUUCGGACGAUAUGGUGAUAUCUCAGAGGCUAUGGUCAUGAAGGAUCCCACGACGCGCAGAUCCAGAGGCUUCGGCUUUGUCACAUUCAGCGAUCCAAAUAGCGUAGAUAAGGUACUCACCCAAGGCACACACGAGCUGGAUGGCAAAAAGGUCGAUCCGAAAGUAGCUUUUCCGCGCCGAGCACAUCCCAAGAUGGUGACGAGAACGAAGAAAAUCUUUGUGGGCGGCCUCUCGGCGCCCACCACACUGGAGGAUGUCAAAAGUUACUUCGAACAGUUUGGUCCGAUCGAGGAUGCCAUGUUGAUGUUUGACAAGCAGACCAAUCGGCACAGAGGUUUUGGCUUCGUUACAUUUCAAAGCGAAGAUGUGGUAGACAAAGUUUGCGAAAUUCAUUUCCACGAGAUAAACAACAAAAUGGUCGAGUGCAAGAAGGCGCAGCCGAAGGAGGUGAUGCUGCCGGCCAACCUGGCCAAGACGCGGGCUGCCGGACGCUCCGCAUACGAUAACAUCAUGUGGGGACUGGGGACAUUGCCCGAAGGUUUUCCGGCAGCUGCCUAUGCUGCCUAUGCCGCUGGUCGCGGAUAUUCGGGCUAUCCCAGUUUUGGACUGCCCUAUCCAACUGUUGAUCUAACCAACGGGCAGCUGACCCCCAACAACAAUACACCGCUGCUGACCCAGGCGCUGUCAGUGAUGAACAACUAUCAGGCGGCUGCCGCGGCCGCCCACAGCUAUGGACCGUCGGCCUCGCCGCACGCCGCCGCCGCCAACACGGCCACCCGGCAGGGAUUCCCGUCGACCAACUCGCCCGGCCCCACCAUCGACAUGUACAGCUCGGCGGCCGCCGACAACGUGGGCUACGUGCAGGCCACCAGUCCGCAGCCGUCCGGCUUUCCCAUCGCCGUCAGCCGAGCCCCGUUGAACUACAGCCCGGGACCACUAAUUCCUGCGGCAUUUACAAAUGGAUACCAUUAAAAGGUGGCGCCGACAACCGCAAUGAGAACAACAACAACAACAACAGCAACAAAAGGCAGCAGCAGCAACAACAACAGCAUUAUUAACAACAAAAACAGCCACAGCAACAGGAGCAACAAAUGCAACAGCAACUUUAGCAACAAAUGACAGACACACACUCACACACAGUCACACACACACACUUACAAACUGCAGUGCUGCAACCACAGAGCGCAAAAAAAAGAAGAAAAAAUAAUUUAAAAUUAUAUAUACCUGCAUAUAUAUAAAAAUAUAAAUCAAAUAAAGUACAUAUUACAUAUUUGUGUAUUCCCCACAAAUGGCAAAAAUGAAAUCCGUUAAGCAAGAAAAACCGAGACAACUGCAAGAGCAACAAACAAUAAACCAAACACACAUAUUAUAAUUAAUUAAUUAACGUAUAUUACAAAUACGUACAUAUUAACGCAUGGCAAAAAAAAGAAAAAAAUGAAUAUGAAAAAAGAAAAAAUGUGGGAAAAAAAACGAUGAGGACGAACUACGAGCGAACACAAACAAAAAAAUUAAUUUUAAUUUAACAACCACUACAACAACAGAGGCAAGAACAACGCUCGGCCCCGAAAGAUGCAACGUGUGCAGCAAAAAUCGUUUAAAAUGCAAAUUAAACGGAAACUGCGCGUCCAACUGGAGUGGAGUGCCAUCGCGGUGGGCGGCUGUGGCCCGGUGGGCGUGGCCCUGCUCACACAGCAAAAAAUCCAGAGGCCUCACGCCCACUCACCGCCCACCGCCCACGGAUGACAACCAGGCCAAAAGGGGCGUAACCACUUUUAAGUAAUGAGAAACCAACAAACGAAGGCAAAAAAUGAAAAAAACACAAAAAAGGAAAUCACAAAAAAAUCAAGGGGGUUACUAAUAAAACGAUAGAGUUGAAAACAAAAAAAAACAAAUCAGAUAAAGCAAAAAUGUUGCAAUAAUAGCGAAAAUGUUAUUAUUUAAUUGCGUAUUAUUAAAGGCAAAUUAUUAUUACCAUUAUUAUUGCUAUUCUUAACGUAUCUAAGUUGUAACUUUUAAAGUUAAAAUCGAUAUAUAUAUAUAUAUAUAUAUAUAUAUGUAUACAUAUAUAUACAAGAAUAUACACUCUUAUACACGUAAAUUAAACUGCAAUAUAUACAAAGGGAAUUACUUGAAUCAAAACGCGAAAUCCAACCACAAGUUAUUGUACUUUCAACGAUAAUUAUCGAUUUAGCAACACUGGCGCGCAGAGGAGCUUGAAAACGUUAAUCGGUAUCGGUUGGGCUUAGUUUUCAUUUCUCGACUGGGUUGGGGGUGAAUCAAAUCAAAAUUGUGCUUACAAUUAUAUUUAUGAAUUUAUUUUAAAGUACAACAAAUCCUUUAUUGGCCAAAGUAAACAACAAAGAAACAAAAGCGAAUGUGAGCAAAAGUCGAAGGCAAUUUGUUAUUAACUAUGUUGAGGUUCUCUUUCUCAUUAUUUCAAUCGAAUCAGGGGAACUUAGAGGCAAAAAAAGAAGAAAACCUAUAACUUUUGUGUUCACAUUGAAAGCAAAAUGGUAAAUAAUGCUAAUUAAACAGUGGAUAGUUAGACAAAUAUGUUAAAGCAUUAAAUAUGACAAUGAAAGCGAAGUGAGAGAGUGAAUUUCCGUAGCUCGAGGCAUAAAUCAAUUUAUUUGCUAAAAACAAUGGAGAAUCCAAAACAAUGAAAACUGCAGAAAGCAACUCCCUAAAUAUGUAAGAAACACACAAUUUUUCAGAUAUAACACAGCACACACACAUAUACAAACACUCACAGACACACACACACACACACAGACAGGACACAGAUCUUACGGAUAAAUCAAAAAGAAACACUUAAACAAAUUAGUUGGUAAGAGCAUAUGCAAAUAUAACAAUGAACUAUUAUACAUACAACAUAUAGUACGAUUAAGUAAAUAAAAUAUUUAUAAAACAAACGCGCAAAAUCGCAAAUGUUUGAACACUUAACUAAAUAUAUCUGUAAACAAGCGUGUUAAAAGGAUCACAGAUGAGCGAUGAGCCACAUAAAAAUGGUAGUGGAAAAUUGGAAAUGCGAAUAUGGUUAUGGAAAUCAUGAUGUCGAGUUGAAAUGCAGGCCACGCAAUGUGCAAUUAAUUUUUUUCUAGUCGCUCCGUCCGGCAAAUCGCCCGGACGUCGGAUGUACUAGGCAUAUUUGAGGAUUAUGACGAUAACGACGACGAUGCAAUCGGGGGCGUAAUAGAAAAAUAUAUUUAUAUACAACUAUAUGGAGUAUUAAAUUAUUGGAAAAGCAAAACCAAACAAAACCUAUCAGCUAGAUAAGUAAACGACAUUUGUUACACACAGCAAGUGGGGGAAAAUUGCGAGCAACACAAAAACCCAAAAAAAAAAUAAUAGCAGAGAGAAGGAAAUAUUCUAUAAUUGACAGAACAACAAUACGUUGCGCUUUUUCUCUGUCUGAGAUUUUUUGCAUUAGGCGACGUAAAAACCAGAUACAAAAAAUAAAACUUAAACAAAAACCAAAGCAGAGACAGAGACAGGAAAAGCCAGUGGAAAAACAAAGCAAAUGCCGAAACAGUGAAAAUGUUCCUUUCAUAACUUUUUUGCCAAAUUGUCAAACCAACGCUCUCCAGGACUUUUGUCGAGUCUCGGACCAACAAACUUACACAUUACCUAUAAAGUAGAGGGAAAUCGCGGGAACCGAAACCAAAAGAGCCGGACAAAUACCAUAUACGAUGUUUAAAGACGGACAAGAAAUAGUUGCAGUGUAACAUAAAGUACAUUUAAACCCUAAAGUGUUGAGCCCCCCACACACACACACCGAUCAUUUCAGAUUUUCCAAAGAUCGCGUCUUGCGACUUUGCCAUGUGCAUCACACUUAUAAAUAAUCAAAAAACAAAAGAAAACAGAAGGUAACAAAUUAAGGAAGCGAAAAGACAGAAAUCUUCAAUUUUAGAUAGACAAAGAUCAGACCAUGGGAGUUUGGAGGAGGACCUUUGCCGGGAGUGGAUUACUUUAGAAGGUCACAGGUCAUUGGGGAGAAUUCCAGAUGCAGCUUCUGCCCCGCGGGGCGGAUAUUUUUAAACGGGAAAGCUAGCGAAGGGCAGCAACGGCAAACAUGUUAUAUUUGCAUAAUAUAUAUAUAUAUAUAUAUUAAACCUACUUCUAAGGCAUAUAUAAAUAUAUAAAUAAAUAUAUUUUUAAGACAUGUUCUAAAAGCAAUAAUUCAAAACAACAACCAGCGUGGCGGAGGCAGAAUAAAAUUGAAAAAAAAAACCACAAAAGGAAUACAUAAAAUAUACACCAAUAUAUAAAUAUACAUAAAGAUAUAUACACCUACACGUAAAUAUAUACAUGCAUACCAGAUAUAUAUAUAUUAAAGAAAGCGAUUAGCUUGAGUCUGGAGAAAUCAUUUCGCAGGCAGCUAAGCCUGUGUUGCCACACUUCUUUAACUAGAGCCCCGAUCCACGAUCAGUGGGCCGGCAAUCGUUUGGACUCGUAUUAUUUGUGGUGUAGGUGGACGAGGGAUGGGGGUACCCCAGAUAGUCUCGGGAUCCCAGGUCCCACGUUACGUUUAUAGUACGUUGUAAGUCGAUGCAGCUUUAGGUGUAAUGUUGAGUCUUUCCUAGAAGUUUCCCCAGCAUUUCCCCGCUAACGAUCGACUCUAGGCUUUCUGUUUGUGUUUUGUAGUGCUCUAUGUAUUCUAUAAGAACCUUCUGCGGAAGCUAUAGCCGAUCAGAGACAUAUAACUAUUGGUAUACCGGAUCAACUUCAGCCUAAAGAAUACCGUAACAACAAGCAAUGCGUCCUUGUAAACAAAAUCAAUUUCAGUCAAUUAGAGAAUUUCCAACACCAACCAGGCACAGAGACAUAAAGACAACAACAAGCUACAAAAAAAAACAUUUUUUAAAAACCAAAAAAAAAAGCGAACAAACAAAGACAUAACAAAAAACAAACAUUUUUCAUUAUUUUUUUACUGAUGCGCCGUCAGAGCUAAGGGAAUUCAGGAUGAGAUCGCGAGAGCUUGACGGCGCAGGCGCAAAAGCUUUAAAUUGAACAAAAUAUGAAUAACACGAACAAGGAGAACAAUUUAUAGAAUUCGACAGGUGGGCUCUCUUUUUUAUAUCGAGAACGGAGAAGUGAGUGUAUAAAAAAAGUAUGCCGUAACGAUUUUUUAAAAAUAAUGUACCCCAUACUUUAAGCUAUACGCAACUUUCGGUCAAAAAGUCAAUUGGUGGUCGAAGCCGGGUAGGAAGCCAAAAGUUAAAUAUAUAAACGAAAAGACAUAAAGUGUAAUGUAAAAUAGUUUUAAAUUGGCGAAACACCAGAAGACGACGAUGAUGAUGAUGAGGAUUGGGUGUAGGCGGAGUUACGUAGUUACAUAUACGAAUUGCUUUCCGUUUUUCUCUUAUUAUUGACUUACAAACAUAUCAGUUCUUAUUAUGUGUAUGAGUAUAGCAACAACAUCAACAAAUACGAUUACAAUUACGAUAACGAUUACGAUAAUGAAAUACAAUUUAACUAAUAUCUAGCGCUAACGAACGAAGAAACUUUCUGUUUACCAAAACCAAGAACAACAAUAACCACACAGAUGAGUAAGACAAGCCGACCAGCUGGCCUUUUUGAGAAGCGCAGAGAGCGGCGCAAAAGGGCGCCUGGCAGGACUUACGACUUGUGGGCCUUCUACACUUUGACGUGCUUUUAUACGAUAGCAAUCCUUUAACUCACACGAGACAUUUCUAUCCUCGGUUCUUUUUUAUAGACAUGUGUACAUACACCUCACGGCACUCACAUAAACCACACACACUCACACACACACACCAAUACACACUCAGCCACAGACACAGACACUGGCACACGCAUAUAUACGAUGGAGAUCACAUACAAAAGAACCUUCAUACGAACGAUCACUUGACUAUUUUUGCUAUAAGUAAGAAAUUCCCCCCAGGAAUGUGUCAGUCGGAAGUGGCAGAACUCCUGCUGACAAAACACCUUUACUAUAUUGACAAUAUCUCUUAUAUAUUUUACACUAUACUAUAUGGAAAAUUAUAUAUUAAUAUAUACAAGAAAAAUGAGGAAAACCAAAAACAAAUAAUACAUAAUUGAGGCAAGACGAACGGCGUGAGUGGCGUUAAAAUUGUAUUUACAAGAAAUGCGUAACCAAGCAAGAUGAAAUCAUUUUAAUACUUUAUACACAUAAAAGUCAAAGGAAUCUUUAGAGACAAAACCAGGCGGCAGAUGAAUAUGCAACUACAAGACAGACAACAAGACGAUGAAAAUGAAAAUGAAGAUGAAGAUACAUUUAUAAAAUGCGCCAUAGCAGGGCGUCCAGUUUGUAAGUAUUCUAACUAUGUAAGUAAAGUAAUUAAGGAGCGCAGGACGAGAAUCAAUUAAACAUACAUACUGUCUACGAAGUCGCCGAGCCGAGAGCUUUGGCAACUUUCAGUGCGAAUACUUUAACACAAAUGAAUCCAGAUGGAAUGGAUGGGAUGCGAUGGGUUCGGGUGAUUUGAAAUCGGACACAUUGGGGAUGGGUUGAUGAUGAAUGUUGGAUGCGAAAAUGGGGAUGCGAGAUUGCCAAUGUGUGUACAUAAGCAUAAACAUAACAUAAACUGGUACAGUACUACACUUACAGCAAACUAUACAAGGUAAAAGAACAUAAUAAUUAACAGCCAGAAGGCGGGAGACACAUACACAUAAAUAGAAGCAUAACGAGAAUUUAAUAAACAGUUUUUCAUUUCUAUAAAGAAAUCCGGUAACGAAUUUGUAUAUUUACUACGAGAAAACGCAUAAAACAAAAGACAACAAAAUCCCAAAAUAUAUACAAAAAGAUAUAUAUUAAAGGGAGGACAGACCCAAA